UUGAGGAUCUAAAGAGUAAAAAAAAAUUAGAAAGAAAUAUCAAAAGAUAUGGAACCAAAACGUGGCAUUUCUGGAAAAGUGAAACUUCUUAUAGCAUUGCUUGUUUUGCAAUUAUGUUUUGCAGGAUUUCAUAUAGUUUCAAGACUUGCACUUAAUAUUGGUGUCAGCCAAAUUGUGUAUCCUGUUUAUAGAAAUAUUAUUGCAUUGGUUUUGUUAGGACCCUUUGCUUAUUUCUUGGAAAAGAAGGAAAGACCACCCCUCACAUUCUCUCUAUUGGUUCAAUUUUUUUUCCUUGCAUUAAUAGGAAUCACAGCAAACCAAGGAUUUUAUAUCUUAGGGUUGUAUUAUGCAUCACCAACCUUUGCUUCAGCAAUGCAAAACUCUGUUCCUGCUAUUACUUUUAUCAUGGCUUCUAUUCUAAGGCUAGAAAGAAUUCAUUUUAUGAGGAGAGAUGGCAUGGCUAAAGUUCUGGGAACUAUAGUAAGUGUUGGAGGAGCCACAGUUAUUACUCUUUACAAGGGCCCUCCUCUGUUAAAAGGAAGCAAUAUUUCUGAUGAAGAAAUGGCUGCUUCUCAAGAGGACAUGCUGAAUUGGACAUGGGGUUGUGUUUAUUUGCUUGCUCACUGCUUAUCAUGGGCUGGUUGGAUGGUUCUUCAGGCCCCAAUGCUGAAGAAGUACCCAGCCAAGCUAUCACUUACAUCAUUUACAUGCUUCUUUGGAUUGAUCCAGUUCCUAGCUAUAGCAGCUUUUACAGAAAGGGAUCCAACACAUUGGAAGAUCCAGUCUGGAGAGGAAAUUUAUCUGAUUUUAUAUGCUGGUAUUAUCUCUUCUGGAAUAGUCAUUUCUCUCCAGACUUGGUGCAUUCAGAAAGGAGGACCAGUUUAUGUUGCCUCAUUCCAGCCUGUGCAAACAGUAUUAGUUGCUGUCAUGGCUUUUCUAAUUCUUGGUGAUCAGUUCUACUCUGGCGGGAUACUUGGAGGACUUCUGAUUAUGUUUGGGCUUUACCUAGUUUUGUGGGGUAAAACAGAAGAGAAAAGAAUUGCCAAUACUGAAGAGACAACAUUGACAAAACACCUUCUAGCUCCCAACAAGGAGGAAGCAUCUACUGGAGCUGAUAAUUGCUAACAAAAUAUGUCAAAUAUUUUCUUUUUUCUUUCCCUUGAAAUAUUAUUUCUUAUUUUAUGGUUUCUUUCUAGAAAUUAAAGCUACAAGGUCAGUGUAACCUGGCAUGGACACUGCUGCAGUAACAUUGAAGAGGAACCAAUUUAGUUGAAGUCCAGAUAAUGAGGACUGAAUUUGUCGUUUGGAAGCUUAACAGCUUUCUAGAAUUAUUUGUACAAUUAUACUACUUCCAUGUAUACCUUUGAGAAGAUAUCAGUCAAAUUGGUG